AUGGCACCGUCAAUACCAGCGCCCGAGGGCAAGGGCUCGGCCGCCAACACGGAGAGGGAGUCGACGGCCGCGCGAAUUCUGGGAGCCGGCAGCGCGGGUAUCGCCGAGCUCAUCGUCUUCCACCCCGUCGACACCAUCGCCAAGCGCCUCAUGUCCAACCAGGGCCGAGUCACCAGCUCAUCGCAACUGAACGAGGUCAUUUUCCGAAAAAGCGCCCACGAUCCCGUCAUCCGCCGAUUCUUCUCCCUCUUCCCGGGUCUGGGAUAUGCAGCAGCAUACAAGGUCCUGCAGAGAGUGUACAAAUACGGUGGACAGCCCUUCGUCAGGGACUACCUGGCACAACAUCAUGGGGAGGCUUUUGAUCGGGCUUUUGGCAAGGGCAAUGGCAAGGCCAUCAUGCACGCCACCGCUGGUUCAUUGAUUGGUAUUGGCGAGAUCGUCCUGCUGCCAUUGGACGUCCUCAAGAUCAAGAGACAGACAAACCCGGAUGCAUUCCGUGGCCGAGGCGUGCUGAAGAUUGUCGCCGACGAGGGCUUUGGCUUAUAUCGCGGGUGGGGCUGGACGGCAGCACGUAACGCUCCUGGAUCAUUCGCUCUCUUUGGUGGAUCUGCUGCCGCAAAGCAAUACCUAUUUGCACUGCAAGAUUACAACUCAGCCACCUGGUUUCAGAACUUUGUCGCAUCCAUUGCAGGAUCCAGCGCCUCCCUCAUUGUCUCCGCUCCGCUCGAUGUCGUUAAGACCCGUAUUCAAAAUCAGAACUUCGAGGUCAAGCGGUCCGGCGUCAAGAUCAUCGCGGAUAUGGCUCGCUACGAAGGAUUCUCCGCCUUCUUCAAGGGCCUAGUACCCAAGCUGCUGAUGACCGGUCCCAAGCUCACCUUUUCUUUCUGGCUGGCACAGACGCUGAUCCCAGCCUUCAACAAGAUGUUGUGA